AUGUCAGAAAAGAUCAACUACACUGUUAGUGAGAGUUCAGGCAGGGCAGGCCGGCAAGAUGACGGAGACUUGAGUUCAGAUUUAAUACGUAUAGAAAGAGAGGCGACCGCUCGCUCUCUAGAGUAUUCUCCGACGACUGAAAAAGGGACGCCCGACCUGAUCGAGGAGGAGGACGAGUACACUCGGAAAGUCGUUGAAGAUGACUCACCGUACCCAGAGGUUAGGGCUGCAGUGCCCUCGUGUGAUGACCCAACGGUGCUCCAGAGCACUGUUCGGGUUUGGGUACUUGGGUUGUUCAUGACAACGUUGGGCUCUGCCGUGAAUAUGCUGCUUUCUAUGCACAGGCCUUCCAUUACGAUCACGGCUUUCAUUGCCUCGCUUGCAGCCUGGCCAAUCGGGUUGCUGUGGGCCAAGUACGUGCCUGACGUUAAGUUGUUUGGUAAGUGGGGGCCAUCGCUAAACCCCGGACCAUUUAAUGUGAAGGAACAUGCGCUUGUGACGAUCAUGGGGAAUGUGUCAUUUGGCGGUGGGUCUGCGUACGCAACAGAUAUUCUGUUGGCCAUGCACAUUCCGCACUUCUACAACAGGCAGUUCUCCUGGAUGUUUGAUUUCUGCGCCGUCAUCAGUACACAAUGUAUCGGCUUUUGCUUUGCCGGAUUGUGUCAGAAGAUCUUGGUUGCUCCUGGAUCUAUGAUCUGGCCGACGACGCUUGUUACAAGCACAUUCUUGACCAAUCUGCAUAUCAAUCAGAAUUUCGAUCACAACACCUGGAAGAUGUCCAGAUUGAAGUUUUUCACCAUUGUACUUAUUGCAGGCUUCAUUUACUACUGGUUACCUGGCUACCUGUUCUCCGCGUUGUCGUACUUCGCGUUCCCAACUUGGUUUGCUCCUAAAAAUGUCCUUGUGAACCAGAUCUUUGGUGCAUCGACAGGAUUGGGGUUAAUUCCGAUUACGUUCGACUGGAACCAGAUCUCGGGAUACGUUGGAUCACCGUUGGUGCCACCAGUCGGUGUCAUUUUGACUAUCCUAGUGUCCAUCGUUAGUAUUUAUUGGAUUUUUAUUCCAAUUAUCCAUUACACCAACAUCUGGUACGGAAAAUAUCUUCCAAUCAGUAGCAGUCAAACCUUUGACAGGUUCCAAAAUGUAUACACUGUGUCGAAGGUCGUGAACCCUAACUCUUCUUUGGACCUGGAAGCUUACCGUAAUUACUCCCAAUUGUAUCUGCCAACAACGUUCGCUGUCUCUUAUGGUAUGUCUUUUGCAUCCGUGACAUCUACUGUCGUACACACAUUUUUGUUCUACCGGGGACAUAUAAUGCAGGCUCUACGGGCAGUAAGGAAUGACAGUGGUGAUGUGCAUAACCGGUUGAUGAGGAACUAUAAGCAGACACCAUGGUACUGGUAUGUUGGCCUGUUAUGUGUUUUUUUCCCAUUAUCCAUAAUCACCAUUACUGUGUGGGAAACAGAAAUGCCUAUCUGGGCUCUGCUACUGGCUUUGUUUAUAGCCACAUUCUUCUUGAUCCCUGUGGGUAUUAUCUAUGCAGUUACAACUUACGCCGUUGGUUUGAAUGUGAUUACCGAGCUCAUUAUAGGUUACUUGUUACCUGGUAGACCCAUCGCCAUGAUGUUCUUCAAGACAUUUGGCUAUAUCACUAACAGUCAAGCGCUAACCUUUGCCGCUGAUAUGAAAUUGGGCCACUACAUGAAGCUGGCUCCAAGAACUCUAUUCACUGCACAAUUCGUUGCCGCAGUGUGGGGUGCUGUUGUUCAGGUUAUGGUGUUGAGAUGGGCUGAAGCUAACAUCGAUGGUUUAUGCUCUACACACCAAACCGGUGGUUUUAGCUGUCCUGCUGCAACUGUCUUCUUCAAUGCCUCUAUAGUCUGGGGUGUCAUUGGUCCCGCCAAAAUGUUUUCGAGAGGUCAGCUUUACGCAGCAUUGAAUUACUUCUUCCUCGCUGGCGCAGUUCUUCCUAUUGUUAACUGGUUGAUCUUAAACAAGUGGCCAAAAUCUUUGGACCGCUGGGCCAGAAUCCCACAGUUUUGUGCAACUCAUCUCUUAUGGCCAAUUUUCUUCACUGGUACAGGUAUGAUCCCACCAUCUACGCCAUACAACUAUGGAGCUUACUGUAUCGUAGGUAUCGCAUUUGGUUAUUAUGUUAGACGUUACAGGUUCCACUGGUGGACAAAGUACAACUACACGCUAAGUGUAGCGUUGGAUGUUGGAUUAGCGGCUUGUAUAUUGGUGAUGUUCUUUGCUUUGACUGUGAGAAAUGUAGACCCUCCACGUUGGUGGGGUAAUACUGUUAUUGAAACCCUUGAAUACAAUAAUGAGGCUAUUCAGGUCCGCUUGAAGGACGGAGAAUACUUCGGUCCAUCUUCCUGGAAAUAA